AAAAUAGCUGCAGAAAUUAGUAAAGAUACUUAAAUGUCAUUUUAAAAAAAAGUGGUAACCUAUUGCCAAAUUUUGUUAUAGAAGCUGAAUUGUGUAAGUGUAAACAAAAUUCAAGUUUUGAAUGUUGAUAUGUUUUGAAUUGAAGACGAGGCUUGUAGUCUGUGAGUUUUAUGUCGGCCAUUGUCAACGGCAAAUGUAAACUGAAAAAGCUUUGCUCAAGCGACUCCCAUCCUUCAUUUUGGAGCUUAAAAAGUAGUGUGAAUAAUUUCCUUUUUUGAGAGAAAUCAUUUUCCUUUUGGAUUAGACCUAUAUUUUCUUGGAAACCUACAUUUUAAGGUACGAAAGCAACUUUUAAAAAACCCAAACAAAGCCGGUCUCUUGUAAACUGUAAUGGCUUGUGGAGCAACUUUGAAACGGUCACUAGAAUUUGACCCUUUGCACAGUCCAACGCAAUCGACACCAAUAAAGCGGAGAAGAUGUAUGCCAAUGACUAUGGUCCAAACUCCUCCCCCAACAAAGCUGCAUCAACUCACCCCAUCGCCAUUUGCAGAUAUUUCACCAAAAUUAACCAAAGGUCAGCAAGAUCUGUUAUGAUUUUUUUUCUUUUCUGUUAACAAUAUUGUCUUGUCAUGAUUUGUUGUCAUAUAUUUCUUUACUUUAAACCAUACUCCCUAUAUAACAAACAUUUCAGAUUGGCAUUUAUUAUUUAUAAAAAGGACAGUUCUUCAUUGUAUUAUAAUUUUAAACAAUUAAUAAUUAGUAAUAUUGUGGGGUAUGCAGAAGCCUCAAAGUCUUUAACUUUAAGUAGGUGAUGUAGUCUACAAGUAGGCAGUUAAGUAUCAUGCAUUCAAUAAUUGUCAAUAUGCUUUUAUUUUUUGUUAACUCCUUCUUUGAAAAUGAUUCAUUUUCUAAAUUAUUUAUGUUAGGUUGUCAUUAGGUUGUAAUUGUAAUGUAGUGUAGGUGUUUUGCCUUGAUUUUGUGAAUCAUAGUUUGCUUCUACACAAACUCCAGAGAUAUGGGAUUCAAGGCACCACUAAAACAUGGAUCUCUAGCUUCCUCAGCCACCGACGCCAAGCAGUAGUGGUGGGCGGUACAAGCUCCUCCUUUGUCGAUGUGAAGUCAGGGGUCCCCCAGGGAUCAGUCCUGGGCCCCUGUUUGUUCCUAGCAUACAUUAAUGACCUACCGGAGAAACUGACAUCACAGGCAAGACUGUUUGCAGAUGACACAGCAGUGUAUAGGACGAUCGCCAACAGAUCUGACCAGGACCAGCUACAACAGGAUCUCAAUCUGUUAGCUGAGUGGGAGAUGAGCUGGGACAUGGAAUUUCACCCUGCCAAGUGCCAGACACUAUCAAUCUCUAGAAGUUGUACUCCUCUACACUACCAAUACGAACUGCACGGCCAUAUACUUGAGCAAGUUUCCUCCGUAAAGUACCUGGGUGUUACCAUUCAAAGAGAGGUCCGCUGGGACGAGCAUAUUAACAAUGUAUGUAACCAAGCAAACAAGACCCUAGGGUUCUUAAGGCGAAAUCUAAAGAUUGGCAAUACAACAGGAUCUCAAUCUGUUAGCUGAGUGGGAGAUGAGCUGGGACAUGGAAUUUCACCCUGCCAAGUGCCAGACACUAUCAAUCUCUAGAAGUUGUACUCCUCUACACUACCAAUACGAACUGCACGGCCAUAUACUUGAGCAAGUUUCCUCCGUAAAGUACCUGGGUGUUACCAUUCAAAGAGAGGUCCGCUGGGACAAGCAUAUUAACAAUGUAUGUAACCAAGCAAACAAGACCCUAGGGUUCUUAAGGCAAAAUCUAAAGAUUGGCAACUCCUGUGUGAAAGAAAGAGCAUAUAAAGCCUUUAUCCGUCCGAUUUUAGAUUAUGCAUCUUCAGUCUGGGACCCAUUUACCCAGAAGAGCAUUGACAGGUUGGAGGCGGUCCAGCGACAAGCAGCACGCUUUGUCCUAAACCGCUACAGGAAUACCUCUAGUGUUGGCAGCAUGCUAGAAACACUAGGCUGGUCACCAUUGGAGAAACGACGACGACAAUCCAGGCUCUCCAUGAUGUACAAGAUAAAUCAUGGGCUGGUCCACUGUUCCAGUAUUAAACAGAAACUCGUCCCUCUCCCCCAUAGACAGCGACGAGGCCAUGACAGGCAAUUCAGGCUCAUACCAGCAAGAAGCCAGUAUAAGAGCUGCUCAUUCCUGCCCAAGACAAUCAGGGACUGGAACCAUCUUUCAAAAGGAACGGUUGAGGCGACAACACUAGACUAGACACAUUUUUACUAUUAUUGCCUCAAGCCUUCAAACUCCUAGUGCAUGAUUUCCUCAUCAACACCAAGAACAGAAACAUUGCAAAUCCCAUCUACAUGCAUAGGAGCCAAAAUGAUCAAUAAAUUGAUCGUGGGCCCUUAAGAUAUAGAAGAAGAAGAAGUUAAAGGCCCGUAAUGUAGGUAAAAGGUUGGAAAUAAGUAGGCAUAUUUGAAGUAUUUGUUAGGCCUAUACUAUUUAGAAUCCACUCUUUAAAUUCUUUGGAAUUAAAAAUUAUCAUUCAUCUUAUUGGAUUGAAACUAUAAUAUAGAUGACAUUCACAAUUUGAAUUAUGUUUCGACAUUCACAAUUUGAAUUAUGUUUCGUUUAAAAAAAAAGCAACUUCUUUUCAACUGUUGUGAUUGUUAACUAGUUAAACACAUAUGUAGUUGACCAAGUCUACCAAAUAAUAAUUGCGCAUGAACUCUAAAGGAAUGCCUGAAUAGGUUGAAGAAAAUUUAACAAUUGAUUUGUCUAUAGUCCAUAGGCCUAACAUCUUUUUAUGAUUUGUGAGGUGACAAAAGUUAAAAUAAAUUAUUAAAUAGUUAAUUUGGCCUACCAAUAAUUCUUCAUUAUAACCUACUUACCUCACCUAAUGAUUUAUUUUGUUUAUUUUCCAGAGGAAAUCGCUGAAAGAAUAGGUUCAGAACUCAAGCGGAUGCAAAGACGAAAACAGUUGUUUCUUCCUAGAUCUCACAGUCCACCGCUCUCUACUUGUUCCUUACUUGGUCGGCAGAGCCCACCACUCACUCUAGAAGUUUUGACUAAUGUUAAUUCUAACAGCGACUUUCCUUCAACAUCGUCACAGUCUGCCUCAGGCACAUGCUCUCCCAAACAGAAAGAUGUUCCUCUUUUCACAUUCAAGCAAGUGACAAUGAUAUGUGAGAGAAUGGUUAGAGAGCAUGAAGAGAAAAUCAGGGAGAACUAUGACAAAGUUCUUAGUAAUAAAUUGUCAGGUAAAUCAUUUGCAAUUUAAAUUUAAUUAACAGGUAUUGAUAUUUUUAUGUGUAGUUACUAAGGUUUAAGAUGAGAUAGAUUCUUCCUUUGUCCAAAAACAUAGAAAUGUUUUUUCAUAACAUUAUACAUAUUAAUUUUCAGCAUAUAAAUACAUAUUUUUUAACUACAUCAGCAUUAUAAAAUGAUAACACUUUUGACACGAUAUCUAAAGUAUUUCUCUAGCAUAGAAAUCAGCCUUAAAUGACUCCUUUAGUGGCAAUAAUGACAUAAACUCUUUUAACACUUAAAUAUUGACAUACCCUCAGGAUCUUAUAUAAUUUAUUAAUAUAAUCUUAGUUUUAAUUUUUUUUCAUUUAUUAUAAUUUACUAUGUGACGCUAUUUUGAAAGGAUAUCAAUAAUUAUUUUGUUGCGUUUGCAAAUAUUUAUUUUUGUCUUCAAUUUUAAAAUGUGUCUUUGGGAUAAUAAUAAAGUCAAUAGAAAUAUUUAAUAUUUCUGUACCUUUUUUAAUAUUCUAGAACAAUAUGAGGCAUUUCUCAAAUUCAACCAUGAUCAGCUCCAGAAACGUUUUGGAAAUGCACCAAUGAGCUGUAAGUUUUUUGUUUGUUGA